AUGAAUCUCUUUUGGCCGUAUGGCUUGAGUGACCUGCCCCUAUUCGUGUGGUUUCUUUUUGUCACAACCGUCUUAAUUUCAUCAUUGGUCAUCUACCGACUUACCUUCCACCCACUUGCUCGCUUCCCUGGGCCUAGACUGGCCGCUUCUACCGGACUCUAUGAAGCGUACUAUCAAUGCAUCAAAGAUGGCGGUGGGCGAUACUGGGUUGAGAUUGAGAAGAUGCACCAACAUUACGGCCCAAUCGUCCGCAUAAACCCCUGGGAGGUGCACAUCGCAGACCCAGACUGGAACGCCGUGUACAAGUACUCGGCCAAGGCGUCAAAGCCACGCUGGUUCUACUUCCGCUUCUUCGGCAAGUUCCCCAGCACCAACGUCGCCGAGUCGCACGCCCUGCACCAGCUUCGUCGCGCUCCCCUGCAGGUCUACUUCGCCUCGUCCAACAUCCAGCGGUACAUGCCCACGAUCGUGGCGCAGGUCGACAAGCUGUGCGCUCGCCUGCGCGCCGUCGCUGUUAACAACCACAGCAGUGAUGUCGUGAGCCUAAGCGACGCGUUCCGCUGCCUCGCGACCGACGUCGCGACCGGUUUCGCGUUCGGUACGCCGUUCGGCCACCUCGACGAGCCCACCUUCGACCGCGAGUUCAAUCUCAGCGUGAGGACGGUCGUCCGUGCUGGCACGUGGAGCCGCCAUACCUUUGGUUUGCUGCUGCCGCUGCUGCACAGUCUCCCCGAGAGCGUGGCGAAGAAGAUGAACCCGGCUUUUGGGCGGCUCAAGUGGAUGAAGGACACAAUGACGAGCUGCGUCCGCCGCUCAAUGAACAAGCCGGAGCCUGCGCCGGGCAGCCCGCCCGACAUGGUGCAGACGCUGAUGGCGUCGAGCCUGCCAGAGGAAGAAAAGACCUUCCCGCGGCUCUUCUCCGAGAGCCGGUCCGUUAUCAUGGCCGGCACCGAGACCACCGCUACCACCCUCGUCUGCAUCACGAGCUACCUCCUCAGCGACGCCUCUAAGUUGGAGAAGCUGCGGCGCGAGCUGCAUGACGCUGAGGAGGCCAAGCGUGCUAAUGGUGGGGUUGACGGUGAUGGCUCGUUGAGCUACGCGGAUCUAAGGGAGCUGCCGUAUAUUACGGGCGUUAUUAACGAAGGGCUCCGCCUCGCAAACCCGACGCCGAGUCGGCUGCCGCGCGUCUGCGAGGACCAGGACUUGGGGUAUAAGGGAUGGGUUAUCCCGCGGGGCCCACCCCCCAACUCCCUCCCUCGCCCGAGGAGAGUCAGGGGGGCCCACCAGACCACCAUCUCCACCACAACGCAAGACACCCACCACGACGCCUCCAUCUUCACCACCCCGCGCGCCUUCCUCCCCGAGCGGUGGGCAGAUCCAGAAGAACGCCGACGACUAGGCCGGUACCUGCAGCCGUGGGGGCGCGGCACGCGGCUGUGCCUCGGCAUGGAGCUCGCCACCAUCGACGCGUACCUCGCCGUCUCGCGCCUCUUUGGUCCGCGGGCGGGGUUUGCGAUGCAGCACUUGGGGGACACGGUCGAUGAGGAUUGGAAGCCGUAUCAUGAGUGGUUCGCGGCGUUUCCGAGGGGUAGGGGGCUCAGGGUUAGGGUUAGGGUUGAGAGUAAGGCUGCUGGUCCGGAGGUGGAUGGUAAUGGUGAUGGCGAAAAGGGGGAGAAGGGACCGGUCGAGGAGCUGUUGUAG